CUGGCGCUUGUGCGGUGAGAAAUAUCGACACGACCAGAAACAAUCCCUUUCGACUGGUAUUUUUUUUUAGAGCCUUUACUUUUUAGGGCUGUAUUUCAGAUCCAGUUUUGCUCAAAUUAAAACUUUUUAAGGGCUGGCGCGCUCUCUACCUAUUUCUGUCGCCUCAAUAACGCUGUUAACGUAGGCCUGCUGUUGUUUCUAAGCCCAAUUCAGAGUGCACAGUAAGGUGGAUCAAUGUUUACUCUACACAUGGAGACAUAAAGGAUGACCCAGAUCUUUUACUAGACUUAUCUGGGCGGGAGACAAGCUGGCCGGUGUGAUGAAGGAUCGAUUGGCUGAACUGACUGCUAGCAGGGCACGAGCAGAGGAGGACGUUGCAGUCGCAGUGGACAGAGAAGGCUUCAUGGAGAGCUUCUUCAGAAGGGUAGAAGAAGUCAGAGGACUCAUUGAUAAGAUCUCCUACCAAGUGGAAGAGGUGAGGAAGGUGCACAGCAUGAUCCUGUCUGCACCCAACCCAGAUGACAGAACAAAGGACCAACUGGAUGCACUGACCAAUGACAUCAAAGGGAAUGCCAACGUGGUGCGAACUAAACUCAAAUCCAUGGAGCAAAGUUUGCCCAAAGAUGAUGCAGCUAACAGAUCCUCUGUUGACUUCAGGAUCCAGAAAACACAGCACACAGUGCUGUCCAGGAAGUUUGUGGAGGUCAUGACACAGUACAAUGAGACUCAAGUUUCCUUUCGGGAAAGAAGCAAAGGAAGGAUCCAGAGACAGCUGGAGAUAACUGGAAAAGUGACCACCAAUGAAGAACUGGAGGGCAUGUUAGAAAGCGGAAAUCCAUCUAUCUUCACAUCUGAUAUCAUUUCUGAUUCCCAGAUCACACGUCAGGCCCUAAAUGAGAUAGAGUCGCGACACCAGGACAUCAUGCGUCUGGAGUCGAGCAUCAGAGAGCUCCAUGUGAUGUUCAUGGACAUGGCAAUGCUGGUAGAAACUCAGGGGGAUAUGGUUAACAACAUUGAGAAGAACGUCUCCAAUGCAGUCGAAUACAUUUGUAGUGCAAAAGAAGAGACCAAAAAGGCAGUGAGAUACCAGAAAAAAUCCCGGAGGAAAUACAUUAUCCUUGCCUUUGCUCUGUUGAUCCUGCUUGCUGUCAUUGCACUAAUUGUUGGCCUGUCUGUUGGACUAACCAAACCCCCUGUUUGAGAACUACUGUAAACUUCUCUGCCUUGCCAUGUGUGGGGUUGCAGGUUUACUCCUUUUACUCAUCAUAAUAGUUGGAGUCUAUGAGUGAUGGGUUUCACCAGUCACACCCUCACAGCAGUCAGCUGUAGUCAGCUCCUGUGGUGAUGAAACUUUUCGAACAUCCACUAUCCAACAGCAUUACAGAGAGGAUCACAUGACCACACUGAAGUAGGUAUGAUGUGCGUGAUCCACUUUGCACCAAUAACAUCAGACCUCAUGAUACAAUGUUCUGGAGCAAUUCUCUACAGCUAGAACAAAGCAUCCUGUCAGCACACAUCCCUUUCUCUUGGCAGUGGUAUAAUGGACACUGACAGCACAUCAGAUUUAUACACUGGUGUGUGUUCUGUAUAAAUGCUGUUUUUGUGUAUCAUUCUGCAUUUCUUGCUCUAAUGACUCGAACAGACUUUUUUUUUUUUUUUUUUUUUUUUACAUUUUUCGGGAAAUAAGCUUAUUCCGUCUUCUUGCCGGGAGUUACAUGAGAAGAUUGAUCGACUCCCCUCAUGUCUGUACAGUAAAUAUGAAGCUAUCACCGGCAGCAGGUUAGCUUAGCUUAGCAUAAAGACUGGAAACAGAAAAAACGCUAGCCAAAAGCAAUAAAUAUGGCACGUUAAGAUCAUACAGGGGGGUUAUGUGCCAAACUAUUUCUUGGCUAGACGUAGUGACUUGCUGGAGUCUAGUAUAGGUUGCGGAAGCUCCAGGAAGUCACAUCUCCUGGCACAUAGCCCCACAUAAAAACCACAAUGGGUCAUUUUUCCACUUCUAUUUGUUUACAGAUUAAACAAACAAGAUAUAAUGUGCUAGUUUGUGAGCCUUAGAGAUGGUGUAGUCUGAUUUUGUUACCUUUGGACAGAGCUAGGCUAGCUGUUUCCCUUUGCUCCCAGUCUUUGUGCUAAGCUAAGCUGCUGCUUCAUAUUUAGCUUACAGACAUGAGAGCGAUAUGAUAUCCAUCUCCUCAUCUUACUCUAGACAAUAAAGCAAAUAAGAGUUUUCCCCAAAAUGUCAAACUGCUUUGAUAUUCAAAUAAUAUUGUGACAAUUCUCUUUAUGAAUUGAGGUUUAAUUUGUGAUUACAUGUUAAGUGUAUGCUCCUUAUGUUCUGCUGUCUUUUUAUAUAUUUACUGUAAUUCAUGUGAAUUGAAUGUAAAAUUACUGCAGCUCAGGAGUCCUUUAUAAAUAGAAAAUUGUAAAAAAAAAAAAAUUCUCUGCAAGCAUUUCUAAUAAACUGUAUCUCAAUCAGAAAAAAUAUUUUUGAGUCAAACAGAAUUGAUCACUUCAUUCAAUAAGUCUAAAUCAGCAAUCUUACAAAAGUGCCUUGUUGACAUUUCAUAUGAAACCUUAACUUAUUAAAUAUAUUUAUAACGAUCACGGUGUGUGAUGACUGAAAUAUUAAUGUGAAAAAAGUCAUGCUACAACGUAGGACUGUUGGAUGAUUUUAUUUCAAGAGCACACAUUUAAAUUUGGGUAUUUGAUUCUUUUGUUUAUUUGUUUCUAAGUUAUAUCUUGUAUUUUAUAUUGAAACAGAAUAAUGAAUCCAUGUAAAUUAAAGAUAAAGUGUAAAAAGA